CAGAAAUCAUACGUUGGCAAUUCUCGGGAUUUCAGGAAUUGGAAGGGAGGCUAUGAGAUGGUCGGAUCUUCGGACAGGCGCAGAACCACUCAUUGGCUAAUCUAGAUUGCGAAGAAUGGGCAACGCAGAGGGGGGUCCUGUUUGGAGAUAGCCAAUAACAAACAAUAUACACCUCCUUAUAUAGCGCAAACCUCCCCGCGCUUAUCAAUAGGCGAACGUCGUCCAGAAGAGACAUUCACUCUCGUCAAAGUCUGAAAGCGCCUAACAACAUGUUGGCCAAAUUCUUUGUUUUCGUCACACUCCCUUCUUGUAUCUACACAAGAUUCGUCUUGCGACCUAUCGGAAUCGAGUUCAAAUCGCAAGGGUCUCGCAAAGAUGGGUGCAGUUUUCGACUACGCCACUACAAGAUAGGAGAUACAUGGCACCCCGAGUUGUACCCUUUCGGUAUUCAGCGCUGUGUCCUCUGCUCAUGCAUCAAGGACUCUAAAAGACAAGGUAGUUAUGGCAAGCUUGCAUGUCAAAGUACGAGGCACCGCUGUCCAAGAUCAGCAUGUACCAACCCGAUAUACAAACCCAAUCAGUGCUGCCCAACAUGCCCACCAGAGUUUGUCUCACUGAUGCACGAAAGCAGAUCAACGGCCUCGUCUGCACGGCCUGCUGGCAUUGCGCGCGCACACUUUACACUAGUGAAGACCGCUUUACACAUCUCGAUACGCUAUGAAGGGGAUCAAAAGCCAAAACUGUUGACGCUACUCGGCCCAAAGGGAAACAUACUCCAAGAGUUAAACGUCAACAGACGAGCGAUGAACGGAACAAAGAUAUGUUUCCUGUGGUCGAAUAUGGAUAGCACACAGAUUGCACAUCUGAAUGACGGGAAGGUUACAGCUACUCUAAGAUUCCGGCGCAGAUUCCUUGGAAUGCUAACAGGAGAAGUCAAACCGCACAAGGAUUACUCAGAAGAGGCAUUCGAAAGCCUUCUGCAAGCGGACGACAAGAGCAAUGCUCACAUGGGUGCGCUGACGUCGUUCACUCUCUCUCGGAAAGGGAAGACACUGCACAUAAAGAUACACAACAGCCCUUUUACACACGUGGAUAGCAAAGCCGUGAGUGCAACACUUCAGUUCACUAAAACGACCGUGAAUGGCCCUGCUCAGGUCUUUCAAACAGUAUCUGUGACGUCAUUGCAAGAAAAUGGCGGCCAAGCAAAGGCCACGUGGGAAAACCCCAGCGACCAUAAUCUCAAGCUGCUGGCGCGAGGAUUGCUGACCGUGACCUUGCUGGUGACAGCGGGCGGCAAUUCAGUUGGCAUGAGUGGCCCCAUAGUAGUCAAGUCGUCUUGCAAUACGAUCUAUGCAGCCUUGGCGGGACGAGAAGGAGCCAGGCCCACGAUCACUGGCGCAAGCGGUUACAUUUCUUUUGACGUCACAAGCGAAGGGAAAGUUAAUUAUAAGGUGAUUCUAUCGGGUCUGAUGCAGCCCGUCAGUGAAAUCAACCUGGAGAUGAGCCGUAAGCGAGUGGUGAAACGCAUCUCGCGCGCAAUCAACCCAACAAGUGACAGUACCGCAGAGGUAACUGGCGUGUGGGCUCGCCCCUCAGCCGCGGCAAUCUGCGCGUUAUUCAACAGCGCCAUUACUGUCGUCGUACGUACUGCACUCUAUAACCGCGGGGAGCUCAGAGGGUUUGUGCGCCAACUGCCAUACGGAGGGCCACACCUGACCUACCACGAAACCCCACGCCUUCUAUCCGGCAAUGCUGUGGUUCCCAGUUCUCAGACCGGGGCUUCUGGUUUGGCCUGGUUCUCAUUGGAUCGUCAGUGCAAUCUAUACUAUCACUUGCUACUAAUCGGCGUUCAGCGCGAAGGGAAAAAUUCGGUUACCGCUGACCUGGAGGGUUUCGCUAUCGCAGGCGAAGAGCCACUCACUUACGAGAAACAAAAGCAUGCUCUUUCAACAUUCGACAGCGACAUGAUCUCGGGCUCAAUCCGUGACCUAAGCACUGACUUCAUCUACAACACACUUCAAGGCAAAGUCUACGUACAAGUGAGCAGCACUGAUAACCCGCACGGCGAGCUGCGCACGCAGCUACUUGUAUCUGACGGCGAGCAGUGUCGCCAGAAACUACCGCCACAGAAAACAGACUUUACGAUAGAGGGCUCGUGCGUGGAGAAUGGGGAGCGGUACUUUAACGGCGAAGUGUGGUCACCUAGCCAUGAUCCUAUCUGUACCACGUGCUCUUGUAAGGACGCGACAGUCAGCUGCUUCCCUGUGGUCUGUCUUCCAUUGAAUUGCAGUGAACAGCUGAUCAUGAUGCCAGAAAGAUGUUGUCCAGUGUGUCCAGUCCUAGAAAGUGAAGCUAUACGUACGUACGACGAAGGCUCAACACCGACCGACGCGGGCUGUUUUGUCGAGCAGGGCAAGAAGUUCUACCCAAGUGGUGCAGUCUGGCACCCAUACGCCAGUCCAUUCGGAUACAUGAAGUGCACGGUGUGCACCUGUAAGGCGGAAACUAACGAGAUCACGUGGAACAAUAUCCAGUGUCCCCGCCUAGACUGCCCAAAGCCAUUCAAGAUGCACCCCUCGGAUUGCUGCGCGCAGUGCCCAGUUGAAGACGCGAAAAAAGCAAUUGAGCCACCAUCAAAAGUUUGCAAAUUCGGACAAAACACAUAUCCCAACAACGCACGCUGGACGCCGUACCUCCCGCCAUUCGGAGUCAUCAAGUGUGUCACGUGUCAAUGCCAGAAUGGCAGGUCGUCGUGUUCAACAGUCACGUGUCCGGCAGGUCACUGCAAGACGAGCCUCGACAGCUUAAGCAAGAGCUGCUGUGUUCCUUGCUCGGGGUAAAGAACGUGAGACAUCAGUGGGAGAUGGAACAGUACUAAGGUUUUCAAGACUGUCCUAACCAAGGAGCCCCCCUCCCCUCCCCUCCCCCCCCCGCAACUUACAAAAGGAACCUUGAUGUGUAGUUGGGUAGAAUGGACGGUCUUCAACUUGAAAGAAGGCAAAUACCAAAAGAAUAGAUUGUAGCUAGAUUGUAGCUAGCUAGAGAGCAAAAGUGCAUAUAGAAUAAUAUCAAUUUACAACUCGACACAAGCUUCUGGAGAAGCUCAUUGCUAAUCGUUAUUUGAAAUACUCAGAACCUAGCCAGGCAACGAAACAUGUUAUCUAAUAAGUGCCUGUUAUGUGAAUUAUUAUAAGUAUCUCUACCACAAUAAUGUAUUUAAUUCUUAGACAUGACAAAGCACAAAAGAAAAGGAUUUUAAGGGAUCUGUAAGUUGGUUUGCAGUCAGAAAAAUUGUAACACAUACUAGAAUUAUAACUAAAAUUAAGUCAAAAUGUGUUACUAAAUAAAAAGAAAAAACUUCACCAAGAUAUCGACAAAAAAAAUCAAUUUGACGAGGCACAACUUAAGAUGCUAUACAUAAUGAACACUUUAAUAAUAUUGUAGAUAAUGACAGGAAUUUAAUAAUAAAUUGAAGGCCAUUUAAA